AUGUGUGAGUGCGGCUUGGAGAACAUAGAGGUCGGCAUCGUCAAGCGAAUCGGAUUCUCGGAUGGCGCCGGCGGCUGCGGGGGAGGAUCCGAGGAGACCCUCAUCGAUGGCAAGGGGAGGAGGGCGUGCAGCGAGGGAGGGGGAGGGGGAGGCAGGGGUCUGCCCGCUGUGCCCUCUGAUGUGUCGGAAUAUGGAAGCUCCAUCAACGACGGCACGCUCAAGGUGGGUCGCUCGCUGGCAACCUGCCAAAUAUUCUCGCAGUUAGACUGGCACCUGCUGAGCACGGCUACCCCGGCCAUCGACGCCUGGCUCAACCCGGGCGACAAGUUUGUGCAGGCGGUGAAGCGGCUGCUGCGCGAGACUCGUCACCGUAGCAACAGCGUGCUCGCCUGCAUGAUGACUGAGGCGCUCGACAUACGAGCCAUCCACGUGUCUCGCAAGGCUAAAUCCAGUAAGGUGGCGCCACUGUCCAGGGUGCUCCUUGAUGACCCAUCGUGUCAGCUGAUGAACGUUCUUCAUCGUUACCUGCUGCACACAAACCUCAGCGACAUCGAGGCGUCCGUGAACACUGACGUCGCACCCGACCUAAGAACCCUGCAGAGAGGUCUGAUGGCGCUGACCAGGCAGUGGAAGCGUCUCGUCUACAUGCCGGCCGUCAUGCAGGCGACGAUAGCCGGCCGUCUGCACAAACACGGCUUCCACCCACAGCAGCAGCACCGUCGCCGCGGCAACGCCGCAGACUCGAUCACCGACGACGAUGAUGACACGCCGGGGUCAGGCACAGAGACAGGGGAGGGGGAGGGGGUAGGAGGCAGCCCUCUGAAGACACUGGGAUAUGGUUAUCAGCAGUCUACUAGCACAGGUAACCUGUUUAAUCGAAAGAGGAAAAAGCAGAAUGAAGCUGACCGGCCGUUACACCAGGAUUCACCAGGUGUACUGCUGGCGAGCAGGGACUCACUGGACAUGAAGCCUACGGGCGUCGCCAUGGCGACCGCGGCCAGCGACAACGACUUCUGCUGUUCCGUGAGUUCCGUGAGCAUCGACCCUAACACGGGCGAGGCCCGCUACUCCUUCUCCCACCCCCACCGCAGCCACGCCACCGCCGCUGCAGUCGCUACGGCAACGGGGAUGCAGGAUGCUGCGGGCGGCGGGGGCGGGGUGUCGGACGCGGUGUCGGAGGAUGAUCUGUAUCAUUGGAUGAAGCGGCAGCAGGAGCAGCAGGAGCUGAUGGAUGGCAGGAGAGACGUGAGCCCGCGUACGGACACGAUGCCGACCCCUCCCACCCAGGAGGACAUAGUACCUCCUGCUGCUGAACUGGAGCAGGAGGAGGGAGGUGACGACUACCUCACAGACAGCGCAGUAGGAGAGCAGAUGCACAUCGUACAGUCGGACGCGCUGCGGAGACAGAAGGCCCGCGCGACCUUCCCCGUUCACCUCAACCCAGACAUCGGACGACCGCAGUUCGAAUGCGACGGCAUCCGCGUGGUGGCGCUGCUGCGGGAGCUGGAGGACCUCGCGAGCAGAGGUGGCGCCCCCACGAGCAGCGGUGGCGCCCCCGCGACGCGCACGGCAGACCUGUUCCUGCACAGCGUCGAUGAGUUUGGGCGGCGCCCGACGUCGACGCUUAUCACGUUCGAAGUCGUCUGCAACAACAUCAUGCAGCAUGUCAACAUGCCCAUGCUGCGGCUGCUGCACCAG